UUUGUUUAUAGGCAUUUCGUUCAAAUGUACUCAAUACGAGAAUAAUAUGCUUCACACACAUGCAAUAAUUUGAUUGAAAGGCCUUAAAAUGAAGAUAUGAAAAAAAAUGAUCGUAUUGUCAUAAUAUUUCUCUGUCACAGUGUAUCAUCUAAUGAUCAUUAGAUGUAAAAAUGAUAAUUAUGUAUUUGUUGACAAUGAGAAAAGUGUUAAUGGACGCGUUAAUGUUCUUUCUCUUCACAAAUCAAAUAUUACACAUUUCCGGAACAAUGACUGUAUUUCGCGGAUCGUCGAAAAAAAAUUUUCAAACUUAUUCAUCCCUCAGAAAAUUAAUAUGCAUCUCAGAAGAUGAUGGCAGCGCUCUGGUGUGGAAUGGCAAUUUAAACUGGGAAUAUCACAACAAUAUAUAUAUGCGUAGUAGAUUUUCCAAUCUAAAUGGAGGGAUUCCAUAUUGUGAGAUAAAUUGCAAAAUGAAUGCAGACGAAGACUGUUUAAAAUCAUGGACUCAACAAGAUUGGAGUUUCACGAAUUCUGUCAAAACACCUAUGGGUCCGGUAUUUGAUCAGCGAUGGGAAGAAUUUCAAGAAUAUGUAAGCCAGGAAGAUAGAUAUGAAUUUAUAGAUUUUGAAGAUACUAUCGCAACAAAGAUUUCUAUUUCGAUUCGUGGAUCUAGUGACGCACAUAUAUUGCUUUGCAACAGUAAGAAUUAUUAUAAUGAUUUGUGUUACUGGAUCAUAAUAGGUGGUUGGAACAAUACGUGGUCCGUCAUACGAAAAUGCGCGAUGGGAGUGCCUCUAAUUGGCAACUGGCCCGAAGAUCCAAGCUGCAAGAAAACACAAGUUUCCUUCCAGCAUAUGCCGUUGUCGGCAACUGAAUGGCGAUCGUUUAUCAUUACAUGGAAUUCUAUAACUAGAAAUAUAUCCGUUUAUAACACUGAUAAUAUCAUUAUGACGUAUAAGGACGAGGAAGAACCUAAACUUUCCAAUAUCACAUAUCACUUGUUCAUCAGAAGCAAUGAACGUAUACUGUUUCGAUUUCAUAUAUAUAACUUUUUGCACACGACUAUAGAAAAUGCAAUUCUAACAAGCCCCAUCAUCCAACUCGAUAAUCAAAUGAUAUGUGUGCAAAUGUUAAUUGGUUUAUGUACAGAAUGCGAUGCACAUGUAGUGUUACGGGAGUCCAUAAAUUACUCCGUGUUAGAAAAAAUGGUUAUAAAAGGUUCAUCAAAGGCGGCAAUUCAUGGCUUGCCCAUGUGGCAAUUUGUUCAAAUCCAGAAAAAUCUUGCAACGAUCAAUUAUAAAAACGUAAUAUUCGAAGUGAUUUCUAAACUCAGCACACCUACUUCUAAUCCGUUAUGGGCGAUAGCGAAUGUUCGUCGAUGCCCCACAAAUGACUCUUUGAGAUGGAGUAAUAUAUAUAAUAAAAACGAAAAUCCUGAAACAUUUUGGGCGAAUAUAACAUGUCAAAAAUUAUUUUAUGAUGAUCAUAUCGUCAUAAAACCUAUAUCAAACGCUAAGCCAGACAUAAAAUUUGAUCAUGUAGAUUGCCCUGAAGGAAAAAUUGGACCACAAUGUUUAAUUAAUUGCGGGCUUGAUUUAGAAAAUUACGAUAACUGCAAAGAGACUGCAAUUUGUUAUAAAGAUGGUUGCACAUGCCCUCCGGGAUUUUUAGGAAGCAGGUGUUCUACGUCUUGUGAAUCGCACACAUAUGGUUAUGGCUGCAAGAAAGAAUGUGGCGCAUGUAAUGAAAUCAACGCACGAGCUUCUUGUAAUGCAAUAACUGGAAAGUGUCUUAAUGGAUGCAAAAAUUUGUACAUACCUCCUUUAUGUCAACAAAAAAUAGACAAGCUAAAUGCACCUGAGGUUACUUCUACAAGCACUACGAGUAUUCAAACUAUGAUUCCUAUAACGUGGAAAAAGGAGUAUGAAAAAAUAGCAAUUUUAUAUUCUUGCACUCUUCAAGGACAAAUGAAACAUUACGUUUUCAUACCAUGGGAGAAUGUAUUUCCGAAUACGACACAUUUAAUAGGAUAUUUUGAAAAUUUAGUACCCGGUACUAUUUAUAAAAUUAAUUGCUGUUUAAAUGUUGCGGGAUCUGUUGUAUACAGUGAUUGGCAAAAUGUUGAGACAAAUUGCAAUCCGGUUAAAAGCUUUGAUGUGAAACCCGGAGAAACCAGCAUAAUAAUUGAUUGGCAAAUUAAUGCUGACCAAUUAUAUCCCUGUCCGGCUAAUUGGUAUCAUUUGAUAGUCCGAAAUAUAGAUACUGAUGAACAAAUUCUUAAUGAAUCAUUUAAGUAUUCUUCUUAUAACUUAACACAAUUGACAUCGUACACUCUUUUCAAUGUAACUAUACUUCAUAAAAAUAACGAGCUAUUUUCCAAACAAAUUCGCACACUUGAAGGGGUUCCAUCUAGUGUGUUAGAUCUGAAAAUAAUGAUUUCAUCCAACACACUUAAUCUGAUUUGGAGACCUCCAGAUCAACCUAAUGGAAAAAUAGUGCAAUAUGAAGUAACUUUAAAGAUUAAGGAAUAUUAUGGCUGUAAGGACUUACAAUUACCUACACCAGAUAAUCACAUAAUUACUAAAAUCACAAAAAACACAACAAUUAUAAUUUCGAAUUUACAUUCGUACGCAUCUUAUAGCGUACAGGUCACAGCUCAUAAUUCACGAUAUAACAGCAUGGCUGCCGAAAAAAGCUUUGACACAAAGAUUUCUGAGAUACCAACGGAAGUGUUUAGUCAGCUAAAUGUGGAAGACUGGAUACUAUCGUGGCGUCCACCUGAAGAUUGCACCAUGAUUUCUGGACCAAUUAAGGCUAGAAUAAAAAUACACGGAAUUAGCGACGCUGUUAAAGAUAUGAUCUAUACACCUAAGAAUACUUUAUAUUAUAAGUUCUAUUUAGAUAAUAUAAAACCAAAAUUACACGGUGCUGAACGAUAUCUUGCACAAAUUUACGUAAUAAGAGAUUAUGCGGGCCAGGAAAAUGCUUCCGCUUACCAAGAAUAUGAAUUCGAAACUCCACCAACAGCUCCGCCUAGUGUAAUUAAUCUGGAGGUUAUCGAGAUUGAUACACGCCAAACACCUGCAAUGAUACAUUUAAGAUGGCAGAGACCACGUCCUCCUCUCAACGGAAAAUUGCAUUAUUAUGGCAUUCAAUCAUGCGACCAAUAUAACAAUAAAUAUUGUCCUAUUACGAAAGUCCAAUUGAAUCAAUUUUGUGACUUGUGGGACGAUUACAUAUGUCAAAUGAUACCAAAACCUUUUACAAAUAAUCCAAGUAGGACACUAAUUCAAGUUCUGGCGUACAAUAUGAAUGUUACUGAUCCCAGUCCUCCAGUUUCCGUAACUAAUAAAAUGCUCAAUAAUGCAAUACCAGACGCACCUGAAAAUUUUACUUUUACAAUCAACAAUAAUAGUGUAAUUGAGCUAAAGUGGCAUCAUCCUUGGAGAACAGGUGGUCAUCUGCAAACUUUUUAUAUUUAUAUAGAAGAAAUUUUCUCCAAUCUAAGAAGGGAGAGACUAGCAACACGAUCGCUACAUAGCAAUUUAUACGAAUAUCCAGUGGCACAUUAUAUGCGUAAUUAUAGUAUGCGAUUAUAUUUGUUUCCGUCAACGCAAUACCGGAUUCACAUUAAAGCUGUGACAGUUGCAAAUGUGACCAGCAAGGACAAAUACAAAGAAGUGCAUACACCUUCUACAAUAAGUUUCGACGGUAAUCUGGAUGUCAUAAUCGAUAAGUUACAUUCCAUGAUCUCGUUAAACAUACCGCCUGUUCGAAAUGAUACACACGAUAGUAAGAUGCACAUCAUAGUAAAGGGUCCCUAUGUCUGCGAGCAGCAUUCAGAAGUACCUGAGAAUUUGCGUUCUCGAGCGAACAUAAAAAUGUAUGAUAUCGCUUGGCAAGCUGCUGAGGUUUCUACUAGUGAUUUCGCUGGAAAACUAUUCACGGUCGGUGACAAUCGGAUUUACGGGGGAGCUAGAAACUGUCCAUUGAAAUCUGAAGAAUCAUACGAAAUAGUGAUUAUUGUAAUAGAAAAGAAUUCGUCUAAAGAGCCUAUCAUGCUUGCGAAAUCGAUCCGUAUUGGUGAGAUUCCAUCGAAGCAUCACGAAGCGUGGAUCAUUCCAAUUAUAUUAUUGCUUGUCAUAGUAGGCGCGGCUUUUUAUUUAUAUCAAAGGAAGAAGCAGAAAUUGACUAAACGUCCUAUACAAGACGAAAUGAUCUUGUCGCAGAAUGUCGAAAACUAUGAACACGAAACCAAGUCCGUGAUAUCAAAUUCAAAGCAAGAGCUCUCAACUCCUUCCAGCAGGCAAUCCUUAUCACAACCAAGCACUCCGGAAAUACCACUAAUUGUCGAGAAGAAAGACGAGGAGAUGAAAAAGGAAACGACAUCAUUGACGAAGGUGAAAGAUUUCGAGGAUUACGUUAGAGAGGCGAUACAGUCAGGAUUGCUGGACAAACAAUACGAGACAUUUCCAAGAGGGCAAACUCGACCGUGGGAUUACGGAAAAUUGCCGCAAAAUAAAUCUAAAAAUCGAUAUGGUAAUCUUAUAGCAUAUGACGAAACGCGGGUGAUAUUGAAGAAACUUCCAGAUGAUGAUUACUCUGAUUACAUCAAUGCUAAUUACAUCACUGGCUACAAGCAGAAGAAACAUUAUAUAGCAACGCAAGGACCCAAACCCAGUACAGUUAUUGAUUUUUGGCGCAUGAUUUGGCAAGAAAAUGUUCUUAUUAUUUGCAUGUUGGCAAACGUGAUCGAAAAUGGAAAGAAAAAAUGCGAGCAAUAUUGGCCAGACAUUGGCAAGAAAAAGAAAUAUGGAGACGUUAUUGUGUUGAACGCAAAGCACAAUGUCUUUGCUGAUUAUUGCUUCAGAACUUUUCAAGUCACCUGUGGAGAAGAAACUCGGAAGAUAGAACACCUACAUUAUACGGCCUGGCCGGAUCACGGUGUGCCAUUGUACACACAUUCUAUAGUUACGUAUCUGAAGAAAUUAUUGGCGACACCACCCGGAAAUGGAUCCGUGGUGGUCCAUUGCAGCGCCGGCGUUGGAAGAACCGGUACCAUCAUUCUAUGCGACAUUUGUCUCCAUCGAGCAGCGGCCGAAGGGCUGGUCGACGUAUUUGCUGAAACGGCAUCCAUCAGAAGUGAAAGAGCUAAUAUGGUGGAUAAUAAGCAGCAAUAUCUGUUAGCACAUUUGGCAUUAGUGGAAUGUUUGCUUUCCAUUCCGACCACGUUACCAUGUAACGAUCUGUUACCGGCACGAAUCAAGGAGUUGAAGAAACAACUAAUAGUUCAACAGCAGAGGUUGCAGAACAUUGCGUGGCAGGACGAAGCUCUGCGACAAUUUACUUCUCCACCAUCCUUAUCAGAGAAAAACCGUGCGAAAAACAGAUUUCCAGAACUUAUUUCAGACAAAGUCAGCAGAAUAUAUUUGAAAAGAUAUCCGGCAUCAGACGAAGAUAGCGAUUAUCUAUCUGCUGUUUACGUAGACGGAGUAAAACUUCAGAAUCAGUAUCUAGCCACACAGCUUCCGAUGCCAUCGACGGUUAAUGAUUUCUGGCGAAUGAUUGCGGAGUUUAAAGUGGAACUCAUUCUCAUGUUACAACCACCUGAUCUUCAGGAUCCUACAUGCUGUGUGAUCGCUCCUGCGAGUGGCGAGUUUAAACCAACGCCAUACUUGAACAUUACAGCGAAAGAAGUCAUAGAAUUUGAGUAUUAUACGUCACAGAAAUUACUACUCGUUGACAAUUCGGAGAAACCCUCGAGAGAACAAUAUGUGACUAUAUUAUGUUUAACGGAAUGGAAAUCUGGGAGGGAUCAACCACCACCACCAGUAAUGACGAUGGUGACACUUUGGCAAGCUGCGGAAAGAAUCGCUAGAGGCGAUGGACCGACUGUCACGCUUUGCCAUGACGGAGUAACUGGAUGCGGUCUUUAUUUAGCGUUAAGUUUUCUUCUGGAACGAAUGGCCGUUGAAAGGGAAUGCGACGUUUGUUUGGCGGUACGAGCGGUUAGACGAUCGAGACCAGACUUUGUUCGAUCUUUGGAACAACUGGAAUUUCUAUACGAUGCCGCAGUGACAUAUUUAGAAUAUUUCGAAACUUACGCGAAUUUUUCAUAAAACAGAAAUAAAUCAUCAAUGUGAAAUAAUGAA